AAGGCCGAAGAUGAACCGUCCAAUCCAGGUGAAGCCGGCGGACAGCGAGAGCAGAGGGGAAGACAGGAAGCUAUUUGUGGGCAUGCUGGGAAAACAGCAGACGGACAGUGACGUGAGAAAGAUGUUCGAGCCCUUUGGCAGCAUAGAGGAGUGCACGGUGCUCCGUGGGCCUGAUGGCACCAGCAAAGGUUGUGCGUUCGUAAAGUACCAGAGCAACGCAGAGGCCCAGGCUGCCAUCAAUGCCCUGCAUGGGAGUCGUACUUUACCUGGUGCCUCGUCGAGCCUGGUGGUGAAGUUUGCAGAUUCGGAGAAGGAGCGAGGGCUGCGGAGGAUGCAGCAGGUGGCCUCUCAGCUGGGGGUCAUCAGUCCCAUGACCCUCCACCUCGGGGCCUACAACGCCUACACACAGGCUCUGAUGCAGCAGCAGGCCCUGGUGGCGCAGUCGGCCUACCUCUCCCCUGUUGCCACAGUGGCGGCGGUUCAGAUGCAGCAGCUCGCCGCCCUCAACCCCAGCAGCAUCAUUGCCACGCCGAUCGCAUCCAUCACCCCCUCCUCAGCCUUUUAUAUGUCCGCAGGUACCAGCACUCCGCCCUCCAUCGCCGCCACACCUGUUCCUGCUCUGCCUCCACCCCUCACAGUGAACAGCUACCCCUCUGUGCCAGCUCCACCCAACAGCCAAUCAGCAACUGAGGCCCUGUACACCAACGGGGUCCACGCCUACCAAGCUCAGAGUCCUGUACUGGACCCCCUGCAGCAGGCAUAUACAGGCAUGCAGCACUACACAGCCACCUACCCUGCUGCGUACGGCCUGGUGGGACAGCCGUUCCCGCAUCAGCCCACCCUGGUGGCUCAGCAGCCUCAGCAGCCGCAGCAGCUGCAGCAACGAGAAGGUCCUGAGGGCUGUAACAUCUUCAUCUACCACCUGCCACAGGAGUUCACCGACUCUGAGAUCCUGCAGAUGUUCCUGCCCUUCGGAAAUGUUAUCUCUGCAAAGGUCUUUGUUGACCGCGCCACCAAUCAGAGUAAAUGCUUUGGUUUUGUGAGUUUUGACAACCCAUCCAGCGCCCAGACUGCCAUCCAGGCCAUGAACGGCUUCCAGAUUGGCAUGAAGAGACUGAAGGUGCAGCUGAAGAGGCCCAAGGAUGCCAACAGGCCUUACUAAAAGAGGAGAAACCUAAGAAUUCAAUCAAGAGAAACCACUCGGGAUGUCCCAGCCUUUUUUGGUUGUUUGACCAACCGUAUAGCACAGGAGCAACACUUCACAAAAAGCAGUAUCAUGUGUAUGCGCUUGCAAAACGCAACCACAACAGCAGUUAUAUCAGCAACAGAAAACUUCAACUGAGUCAGCAUCCGCAGUAUCAGAAGUGCUCCAGAUUUCCUAUCAUUCCACAGCUGGAUUCAUUUAUAUUAUGUACAUACUCUAUUGUCGGCAACAAGAUCUACAUGUUAAGAAAAAGCAUAUCACUGAUGUUAUUCUACUGAACAGGGUUUACUGUAUAGUGUGAUUUGUGGUCUAUGGCGUAAACAGAAAGCAAGUGUGCACAGUUGGAGGCUAAAGAAAAUACUAUUCUGUAUGAUUACCACUGGUAAUAUUGUUAUGUAGAGUUAGUUUUAUUAUUUAUACGUAAAUUAAAAUCAUGGGGUAAUGAAACUGAAGGAGAAAAGGAUUUCCUCUCGCUGUACAUACCUUGGUUUGUAAAAGACUUCUCCAGUAAACAUCUCUGCUGCCACUACUUUUCAAAUUAAAAGCGGAAGGAAGGGCUGGGAAUUUUUCUAUCUUGAUUUUUUACGUUUGAUUUAUUUGGUAAUCAAUUUGAUGAGGGUGGAGAUGUGACAAUUUCUUUUUUAAUUUAAGAAGAAAAAAGAGGAUUCCUGUGGUCUUCAAGACAAUGAACACACUUAUAAUAGAGUUUUUAAUUACAUAAAUGUACCUAUGGAAGUAAACAAAAAAAAAAACAUAAUGUUUCUUUAUUUAUUCUCUACAAUCGCUGUUUUAAAACAUAUGUCUUUAAAAGAAAAUAAAGUACAAUUUAGAA